CCCCUAGUGACCGCGAAUUCCGGAGCGCCCCAGCUCUGGCUUCCCGGCUCCGGGAACUGCCUCGCCGCACCCCACCCCCAGCAGCUGGGCCCUGACGCGGAGUGGGAGCCCGAAGCCCCCAGUAUUGCUGGGCAUCUUCGCCCUCACCUGUUGGCUCUUUUGGACGGAAGAGUCUGAUUUAGAAGAAUACAAAUCAUGGCUGGAAAUAGUGUAUUAACAUCCGCUACUGGGAGGACUAGCUUGGCAGACUCUUCCAUUUUUGAUUCUAAAGUUACUGAGAUUUCCAAGGAAAACUUACUUAUUGAAUCUACUUCAUAUGUAGAAGAAGAGAUGCCUCAGAUUGAAACAAGAGUGAUAUUGGUUCAAGAAGCUGGAAAACAAGAAGAACUUAUAAAAGCCUUAAAGACUGUUAAAAUAAUGGAAGUCCCUGUUAUAAAGAUAAAAGAAAGUUGUCCUGGAAAAUCGGAUGAAAAAUUAAUAAAAAGUGUUAUGAAUAUGGACAUUAAAGUGGGCUUUGUAAAGAUGGAGUCAGUGGAAGAAUUUGAAGGUUUGGAUUCUCCAGAAUUUGAAAAUGUAUUCGUAGUCAUGGACUUUCAGGAUUCUGUCUUUAAUGACCUCUACAAGGCUGAUUGUAGAGUUAUUGGACCACCAAUUGUAUUAAAUUGUUCACAAAAAGGAGAGCCUUUGCCAUUUUCAUGUCGCCCAUUGUAUUGUACAAGUAUGAUGAAUCUAGUACUAUGCUUUACUGGAUUUAGGAAAAAAGAAGAACUAGUCCGAUUGGUGACAUUGGUCCAUCACAUGGGUGGAGUCAUUCGAAAAGACUUUAAUUCAAAAGUUACACAUUUGGUGGCAAAUUGUACACAAGGAGAAAAAUUCAGGGUUGCUGUGAGUCUAGGUACUCCAAUUAUGAAGCCAGAAUGGAUUUAUAAAGCUUGGGAAAGGCGGAAUGAACAGGAUUUCUGUGCAGCAGUUGAUGACUUUAGAAAUGAAUUUAAAGUUCCUCCAUUUCAAGAUUGUAUUUUAAGUUUCCUGGGAUUUUCAGAUGAAGAGAAAACCAAUAUGGAAGAAAUGACUGAAAUGCAAGGAGGUAAAUAUUUACCGCUUGGAGAUGAAAGAUGCACUCACCUUGUAGUUGAAGAGAAUAUAAUAAAAGAUCUUCCCUUUGAACCUUCAAAGAAACUUUAUGUUGUCAAGCAAGAGUGGUUCUGGGGAAGCAUUCAAAUGGAUGCCCGAGCUGGAGAAACUAUGUAUUUAUAUGAAAAGGCAAAUACUCCUGAGCUCAAGAAAUCAGUGUCAAUGCUUUCUCUAAAUACCCCUAAUAGCAAUCGCAAAAGACGUCGUUUAAAAGAAACACUUGCUCAGCUUUCAAGAGAGACAGACGUGUCACCGUUUCCUCCCCGUAAGCGCCCAUCAGCUGAGCAUUCCCUUUCUAUAGGGUCACUCCUAGAUAUCUCCAACACACCAGAGUCUAGCAUUAACUAUGGAGACACCCCGAAGUCUUGUACUAAGUCUUCUAAAAACUCCACUCCAGUUCCUUCAAAGCAGUCAGCAAGGUGGCAAGUUGCAAAAGAGCUUUAUCAAACUGAAAGUAAUUAUGUUAAUAUAUUGGCAACAAUUAUUCAGCUAUUUCAAGUACCAUUGGAAGAGGAAGGACAACGUGGUGGACGUAUCCUUGCACCAGAGGAGAUUAAGACUAUUUUUGGUAGCAUCCCAGAUAUCUUUGAUGUACACACUAAGAUAAAGGAUGAUCUCGAAGACCUUAUAGUUAAUUGGGAUGAGAGCAAAAGCAUUGGUGACAUUUUUCUGAAAUAUUCAAAAGAUUUGGUAAAAACCUACCCUCCCUUUGUAAACUUCUUUGAAAUGAGCAAGGAAACAAUUAUUAAAUGUGAAAAACAGAAACCAAGAUUUCAUGCUUUUCUCAAGAUAAACCAAGCAAAACCAGAAUGUGGACGGCAGAGCCUUGUUGAACUUCUUAUCCGACCAGUACAGAGGUUACCCAGUGUUGCAUUACUUUUAAACGAUCUUAAGAAGCAUACAGCUGAUGAAAAUCCAGACAAAAGCACUUUAGAAAAAGCUAUUGGAUCACUAAAGGAAGUAAUGAUGCAUAUUAAUGAGGAUAAGAGAAAAACAGAAGCUCAAAAGCAAAUUUUUGAUGUUGUUUAUGAAGUAGAUGGAUGUCCAGCUAAUCUUUUAUCUUCUCACCGAAGCUUAAUACAACGGGUUGAAACAAUUUCUCUAGGUGAGCACCCCUGUGACAGAGGAGAACAAGUGACUCUUUUCCUCUUCAAUGAUUGCCUAGAGAUAGCAAGAAAACGGCACAAGGUUAUUGGCACUUUUAGGAGUCCUCAUGGCCAAACCCGACCCCCAGCUUCUCUUAAGCAUAUUCACCUAAUGCCCCUUUCUCAGAUUAAGAAGGUAUUGGACAUAAGAGAGACAGAAGAUUGCCAUAAUGCUUUUGCCUUGCUUGUGAGGCCACCAACAGAGCAGGCAAAUGUGCUACUCAGUUUCCAGAUGACAUCAGAUGAACUUCCAAAAGAAAACUGGCUAAAGAUGCUGUGUCGACAUGUAGCCAACACCAUUUGUAAAGCAGAUGCUGAGAAUCUUAUUUAUACUGCUGAUCCAGAAUCCUUUGAAGUAAAUACAAAAGAUAUGGACAGUACAUUGAGUAGAGCAUCAAGAGCAAUAAAAAAGACUUCAAAAAAGGUUACAAGAGCAUUCUCUUUCUCCAAAACUCCAAAAAGAGCUCUUCGAAGGGCUCUUAUGACAUCCCACGGCUCAGUGGAAGGAAGAAGUCCUUCCAGCAAUGAUAAGCAUGUAAUGAGUCGUCUUUCUAGCACAUCAUCAUUAGCAGGUAUCCCUUCUCCCUCCCUUGUCAGCCUUCCUUCCUUCUUUGAAAGGAGAAGUCAUACGUUAAGUAGAUCUACAACUCAUUUGAUAUGAAGCGUUACCAAAAUCUUAAAUUAUAGAAAUGUAUAAACACCUCAUACUCAAAUAAGAAACUGACUUAAAUGGUACUUGUAAUUAGCACUUGGUGAAAGCUGGAAGGAAGAUAAGUAACACUAAAGUAUGCUAUUUGAUUUUUCUUCUUGAAAGAGUAAGGUUUACCUGUUACAUUUUCAAGUUAAUUCAUGUAAAAAAAUGAUAGUUAUUUUGAUGUAAUUUAUCUUUUUGUUUGAAUCUGUCAUUCAAAGGCCAAUAAUUUAAGUUGCUAUCAGCUGGUAUUAGUAGCUUUGCAACCCUGAUAGAGUAAAUACAUUUUAUGGGUGGGUGCCAAAUACUGCUGUGAAUCUAUUUGUAUAGUAUCUGUGAAUGAAUUUAUGGAAAUAAAUAUUUGUGCAGCUCAAUUUAUUCAGAGAUUAAAUGACAUCAUAAUACUGGAUAAAAACUUGCAUAGAAUUCUGAUUAGAUAGUGGGUCUGUUUCACAUGUGCAGUUUGAAGUAUUUAACCACUCCUUUUGCAGUUUAUUUUCUUCUCAAGCGUUUUCAAGAUCUAGCAUGUGGAUUUUAAAAGAUUUGCCCUUAUUAACAAGAAUAACAUUUAAAGGAGAUUGUUUCAAAAUAUUUUUGCAAAUUGAGAUAAGGACAGAAAGAUUGAGAAACAUUGUAUAUUUUCCAAAAACAAGAUGUUUGUAGCUGUUUCAGAGAGAGUACUAUAUAUUUAUGGUGAUUUUAGCCACUAGCAAAUCUUGAUUUAGUUUGAUAGUGUGUGGAAUUUUAUUUUGAAGGAUAAGACCAUGGGAAAAUUGUGGUAAAGACUGUUUGUACCCUUUAUGAAAUAAUUCCGAAGUUGCCAUCAGUUUUACUAAUCUUCUGUGAAAUACACAGAUAUGUGUGUGUUCAACUUUUUAUUAUGGUCUUUUAAUUAAAUGUAAAGUUGAAAAUUCAUUUGCUAUUUCAAAGUGUGAUAUCUUUCACAAUAGCCUUUUUUAUAGUCAGUAAUUCAGAAUAAUCAAGUUCAUAUGAAUAAAUGCAUUUUUAUUUCCUAUUUCUUUAGGGAGUACUACAAAUGUUUGCCACUUAAUUUUCAAGUAUCUGUUUUAAUAGUUAACUGACUAUAGAUUUUCUAUGCCGUGUAUGUGCCACUUCUGAGAAUAGUAAAUGACUCUUUGCUAUAUUUUAAAAGCAAUUGUAUUAGUAAGAACUUUGUAAAUAAAUACCUAAAACCCAAGUGUA